AUGCUCACUGUCCUGGGCGUCCCCAUCCGGGCCGCAAAUGCCACCACAAUCGACCAGCCAACGCCAACAGACCUGGAACUCCUCAUUGCGCUCAGCAACACAGUGAUCUGGCUUUUGAUGGGUCUGCUCCUGUACAUCCAGAUCCUGGACAAUCGCCGUGUCGAAGCCCGCCUGGUCCAACAACUCGAGAUGGAAAGACGCACCUUUGCCGAGCUGAACCGCGAACGGAGGGAGCUGAUGCAGUCGUGGAAGCAGCGUCUGGAGCGGAUCGCCGAGGAGGACGAGCCGAUGGAGCAGCAGGACGGCUUUGACUUUGUGCCGGAGCAGACGACCAUCCAGGGAGCUGGAUUGCAUGUCGAGGAUGAUCUUCUGAAGGCCAUGGAGGAUGAGUUGACGGAACCGCGGGAGGAAGAAGAUGAGAUUGGCAGCGAGGAUGACGAUGACGAUGACGAUAGGGACGACCUCGAAAUGGUGCGCAUGCCGGCGAGACAAUAG